AUGUCUCGAACAAAAGCGUCGGCAUUGUUUUCGUUUGUGAUGUUGCCGCUGUUACAUGUUGUUUGUGUUUCGUUGCUACAGUCGUCCGUUUCUGCGCGCGAGUACACCCCUCCAAUGCCAAUCCAGGCAAGCUGUUCUACACAGGGCUCCAAUUCUCCGCGGCGCUCCUACGAGCGACGAAUCUGGGCCCUUACGGGGUGGGGUAUGAACAGCAAUUCGACACGCGCGACGGUGAGUUACUGGGUGGAGCACCACCAGAAACGACUUGGGAUGGAUCCGCGUUAUUUCAUCGUUUUGCUGUUUUCGCCCACUGUGGGUCGGGCCAAGAAGUUCGCGGACCAGGCUUUGUGCGGGCCCCACGGGUACUAUGACGACACGGAACGAGGUGAAGGAGAAGGAGAAGCGUAUCCGCGUGAUAGUGCGCAUGUGCCGCAUGAUGAUGUCAUCACUGGCUCAGGGAAAAAAAUCAAUAAACAGGCGUCGCAGAGGAAAACUAGUAGAACAACCGGCAUCUGCGACAAUGUCUUUGUCGACUUGGAGCCUUAUUCAGUGAAGAAAAUGGUGUUCGACCGCUUCUACAUCCUGAACGAAGUAGGCGUGCAGCCGCAGGACUGGGUUCUGCAGGCUGACGGCGACGAAUUUGCGAUGUUUCCUGGCAUGAAGCUCUACCCGAAACGCCCGACGCCACUCGUUGCCCUGGUGGACGACCUUGAGGCCAACGGAGAAAACGCGAUGUUCGCGCUUCUCGCGGAAAGGAUCGGCCGCAACGGGGAUCUUGAACAGCCUAUCGUCGUUACCUUAUGUAAAAAACGUACCCGCACGAUCUUGGUAACUUCUCAUGCAAAUAAUUUGCAUGUCCAGCUCCAGCAGUCGCGGUGCAGACUGUGCCCCAUUCGUAGCCCCACGAGGAGCAGACUGGAUUUGCCAUCUUUAAUCAUUUGUGUUUGUCCUUGUCAUGCUAUUUUGAUUUUCAGCCUUCCGUAGCUCCGCGUGUGCGCGACAGAGUUGUUAAUCAAGUAUAAUCCGUGCAAAUCUUGUUGAGAUAAACCAAAAACAGUAAGAGUCGAUACCGAAGGACGACAGGAAAAGCUGCAGGAAGUCCGCCAGCGCUUUCUUGUGUUGAAGAAAGUGCCGCGGUCCGCGAUAAGAGUUGCGCGCCGGAUUUGCAGCGGCCCGAGACGAUUCCGGCGGGCCGGCCUUGGCUUUGCGCCCGCGCGGCGGGGCCAGCUUGGUCCCGGGCCCGCCGAGCUGGCCUUGGCUGGCACGGACUUGGGCCCUGGCCGGACGGCCGCGUUCGGCUUUUGUUGGUUGGGCUUGGGCCGGCCGGCCGUUCGUGUUACUUUUAUUGUGGGCUUGUGGCGGGUUGGCAGGACUUUCACUUUCAACCCGGCAGGGCCGGACGGACUUGGUUUCGAGAUCGGCCGGACAGCCCUUGGUUUGGGCUUGGCCCGGCGGGGGGGGCCGUUUCUUCGGGCCCUUCCCUUCUCGGACUCCCCUGCCCCUCUUUCAGCAGUGGUCGGGCUGCGUUCCUAGGCCGAGCGGGGCCCGGGGUCCGUCGGGCCGGACGACCUUAGCUUUGGGCGCCCCAUCGGCUGGGUUCGAUGGGCCGGUGGCGGGGCCGGGUGCGGGGGCGGACAACCUUUGUUGGCUUUGCCUCCUUUGCUUGGGCCGGCUGGCCUCUGGCUCCCUCGCUAGGGCGUCGGACCGGCCGGACGAACUUGGCGCUGGUCUUCGGCCGGAAGGGUUUCGGCCCUUCCGAACGCUCUGCCAUAGCGGCAUUCGUCUGGGCCGGAGCCGGAGGGGUGGCCUCCCGCCCGGCCUUCGAAGGGCCGGGCGGACUUGGCCCCGGGGCCAGGCCGGACGGGCCUUGCUGCCUGCUACACCCCCACGGCCCGGGCCGGGUGGUUUUCAACUACCCCCGCGCGCAGAAUUUCUCGGGGGAACAGCCCCGCGCCCUUGAUGUUUAGAAGACGACAGCAGCCGGCCGGGGGCCGGGCGGGGUGCCCCCCUGGCGCCGGGCCGCGUUUUGUCCCUGGCAGGCCCGCUGGGUUUCCUUCCAUCCUGGGGCGAGCCGGCGGACUCACUUGAUUCGGGGCUUGCUGCAACCUCGGGGCGGGGGGGGGGCACGCACGCUUGCCGGCACGCGCGGGGCCGGGCUUGGAUGGCGCUUGGCCGCACUUCCUUUGCCGGGGGAGUAGGCAGGCCCGCGCGGCAAAGCAGACGCAGUUGGGCGGCCAGCUCGGUAGCUACGUCAGUCGCGCGCGCGGUCGUUUUUCUUUCCUUGCCUAGAGGGGAGGGUGGCGCCCUGUUCUCUGUUCAUCGCCCGAAGCGCGGGGAGGUGCGUGCGAGAGCGCUCCACCGGGGGAGCCGGCCUUGGCCUGCUAGCGCCGGGCCGGCCAGCCUGGCCUGGGACGGCCCUUCCGAAGGAGCAGCGCGCGGCGCAAGUCCGGAGGCGCAUGCCCGAACGACGCAACCGCGGCGAGGGAGAUGGAGCGAAGCGCCCCCUUUCUUUCUGCAAACUAGCCAACAACUGGAAGCGGGCCCGUUUAAACUUCUUCGUGGUUCCUGGUUGUGCUUUCUGCAGAGAAAGCAAACGAAUGGCCUUCCCUUUGCCUCAGUCGCACCCCCUUCCUUGCUUGCCGUUGGUUUUGGCAUCUACCACUGGUUUUACCUUUUGGCCGUCGCCCGUCUGCGUCUGGCGCUUUGCAUGUGAGCCAGUAAUCCCAAGACCCCGCGGCUUAUAUCUUUUUGGCAGGGCACGGAGGCGCCUGGCCCUUCUUGUCCUUUCCGAGACGCUGUCUAGGCGGCCCAGCCGCCGAGCAAGGGGCCCCCGGGACUUCGCGGGACCCCCGUUCGGGGCGGUGCCGACAAUGCCUCUGCGCCCGCGUUUUUCAUUGCUCCCACUGGCAAUACGGCGCAACAAUUAUCCCUGCUGGGUAGCCCCGGGGCUUUGUGCACCCCAACCGGCAGCCAGGAAACGAGUGCCCAUCUGGAGGGCAGCGGCCCGCUGGAAGUGGCACAAGUGCCAUGCCGCUCCCUCGCCCCCGGUGCGCCUUUUCGCCCUGUGCCCCGGGACAUGUCUCGCCCCAAGCGCGCUUCCGAGCAGCGCGCUUCUUCGAACAGGCGCGCGCGCGCCACGUUUCUACCAUCACGCAGCGCAGUCGAUCGUUGUCGCCCUCGCAUUCUGCGGGACGCGCAUACCUUCCCUGCCUUUCGUCGUGCUUCAUUUGCCUGCCCCGCUACUUUUUUUUGUCUGUUGUGGAGACCCGGGCGCCCUUCGUGUACUGGCUCACUUGUGUGCGUGCGUGUUGUGUGGCGUCUGUGUGUAUAUGUACUCCCCAAGGGACGCGCUCCUACCGUGAAUGCUCCGCCGCCCCGACCAUAUUGGGAGCAGUGGGGGCGCUUUGGGGCAUUCCUUCGAAUCCGGCGCCAUUGUGCUGCGCGCAAGUUAUCUCCCUUGCGUGGCUGUGUCCAUGAUCGCGGGAGAGCAUAGUGGCGGAAGGUGCAGGCUGCUGGGUAUUGUGCCGCUGCGCCGCAGCAUCUGCGCGCAUAGUCGAGACGGCGACGAUGUGCCUUAUUUUUCGGUGUGCGCCAUCAAAAGCGUACUGAGCCGCUCGCGCCUGACGAUGAUGAUGCGCCAGUUGAUUGUGGGGCUAUGCACACCAAGAGGGGCGGCCUGCCCUGUGCCAUGCUGUCUGCGGACGCCCUCUGUUCUGGAUUUAUGUAGCAGGGUUCGUUGCAAAUGCAAUCUUGACUAUGGGGCUGGUACGUUUCUACACACGAUGGUCGCGCCAACGCUUCCGGUCUCGUGUUCCGCCACCAAGCUGCUGCGGCCGUCACUCUGGGAGCAAUUUCCGCUUAACUGUGCCUUACAAUUACUAACAAUGGACGCGGACCCGCUCAAGGUGAUUUUAUUCCGCGGCCAUCUACGGUCCGCGGGCCACGACGUGUUUGCGCGGGUGUUCGCUGGCGGCUUUCCGACAUUGGCGCAUCUGCCGGAACUGUGGGCGAAGCGCGUGAACCUAGACAAAACCUCUGAAGACUUCCUGCCCCAUCUGCCGCCGGCGACAUGGCAGUUUGAGGUGGACUUGGCUAAGCCGAACAAUAUAACGAGGAGCAAGAGCAGGAGCACCAUGACCAGUCCAACACAUCCGCCCCGCGUUGCACCAUUCUCCAAGGAGAAACUGAACUACGUGGUUUUUCCGGAGCUCCAAGUGCACGGGUCCCAUAAUAUCUUACUCCCGCGGGUGGGGUACGAAAAACGCAAAGAGGCGAAGACAGCAAGAAUAAAAGUUGCACGAAAAAAAAUAGUAGAGUCGUCGAGUGGAACCAAAAACGCAACAGUAGAAGCUGGCUCGUCGUCUUUUUCUACCGGAGUUAUACACGAAGCGACGAGUAGAGAAGAAGAACUCAAGGAACGACUCGUGGACGCGGAGGUAGACGAGGUUGUAGACGACUGGGAAGAUCACUGGCCGGCACAUCGGCACGCACGGAACCUGUUGCAGGAACUGCAGUACGUCGAGUCCGGCGGCAGUGACCGCGAUUUCCAAAAGAUGAAGGCACAUUUGGGAGACGAGGUGUUCCAGCUGCUGCCGACACCGGACAACCCGGUCGUUUACAACUCGGACUUCUAUGACGAGAGCCAGCAGCAGCGUUCGAGUGAAGCGCGUGUACACGAGAGGAGCGUGGAAGGGAUCAGGAGAGCACAACAAAAAGGACACUCUACACACACGUCAACUGCUCCUGCUGUCCUGCAGAACUACGAAGAGGAGGACGAGUUUUUUGCCCGCGAGUUGCUGGAGGACGAGAUGCACAACGAAAAGCGCAGAAGCCAGGGUGUACAAGGACACGCGACACUAGGACAGCAGCCGCAUUGGGUGAAGGGUUCGCGCGACGUGCACGCACUUACUAACCCAGAUCCGGAAAGAGACGGCACCAUUCCUUUGUGGAUGCAAAAUUUUGCCGAUCAUCCAGCCAACGAACUCCGGCCUCGCGUCUUUUUUGUGCGGCCGCACCCCACUCUUGUCGUGCUCUUCCACUUCAAGUGGACCGCCGGCGUUGCGCAGAAACAUACGAGCCUGGCGGACUCCGAGGCUCUCUAUACAGAAUUUGCAAACCAGGGCGGCUACGCUUUGGAGUCCGGCAAGUACAUGUCGAAGCAGGACCAGAACGACUUCUGUCUCCGCGUACCUGAGGCAACCCCGGGCCGCUUGAACAUCCCGGAAAAGCUGGCGCUCUUCUCGGAGCCGCCGCCGGGCGCCUCGCCGCUGCGUGGACCCUAUGACACACCCGAGGCCGUUGCUCUCACUGACGUGUUUCUGUUGCGACUUUUCGUCUUCGGAUGGGCUCGCUACAUGACAGACUGGCAAAAGAGCGAGGGAGGGGCAUGGUGA